AUGUCCAAAGAUGCUGAGCCUUGGUCUACCUCAGCCCUUCGAGUCGAUCAAUUCACCUACGAUGAAUGGCCCGAGCAACCACUAGCCACGGUCGAGGAUUUUUCGGUGGGUGAGGAGCAAUCUGAUUCGGUUGCAGUGUCAGCACUGUGGUCAUCGAGUGGUGUUGGAAUGCAUAGACGAUGUGUUCUCGGAGUGUUGACAUCUAAUUUGCUUUUCUCCAUAUGGGAGACGAACGGCUUUGAUCGAGGCUGGCGCAGAACAUACAUCUUGAACCAUCUCCCUCGCAUUGAGUCAGCAAGUACGCAGUCUGCUUCGCUACCGAAACGAUGGCGAAUUCGGGCAUUUGCUUGGUCUGCAACUCUCAAAAAGUCUGAAGAAGAUCGCUGGGGAGAACAGUUUCUUAUCGUUGCCGACGACGACGACAAUCUAACAUUGUUGAGUGUGAGGAAAGCACGCCGAGGACAGUAUGGUACUUGGGAAGUCCACGCUAUCUGCACAACGUCGCUGAAGAGCUCGGACCGUACAUCGGCAGGACGUGUUGUGCCAAAAAGCUUACACUCUCAGAUCACACGAGGUUCAAGCAUUGAGCGCCUCGAGAUGCAUGACUGGAAUAUUGCCACUUCUGGCCAUCGCCCGGACAACGAACGGCUAAUUGCAACAGCCAGGAUCACGUAUCGAACAUCUAAUUCACAUACACCCAGCUCCGUCUCUGUGACUCUCACUUGUUCGCAGGGACAUAUAGACGGCACUUUCGGUCCGAGCUCCCACGAUACGGAUUCUGCUAUGACAUCAUCACUAGCAGGUAUCGACGUGGCUGCACAAAGACUCAAAAAGGAGCCUCAGUGGCGCCAAGCAUUAGACGAUUGUUGCGAUGCUUAUAGGAAAACCUACGAGCUGAACGUGUCGCGAUACCGUCUGUGGACAUUAGCCAUAGAUCCUGCAGGCAUGUACGAGGUGGCAUGUGUAACUCUUCAUCCUGUUGAGGCGUUCGAGUAUACAUCUGCUAUUCAGGAGAAGACCCGACUCAUAUUCACAAGGCGAAACUCUGCCAACCUGCCAAGCACUACGCAACAGAACCUCAAAGACGUGGACCAGGUUCUGGCUAGUAGUCUUCAAGUUGUUACAAAGUGUGGUGGCGAUCCGAACUGCUUAAGCACCGAUAUAGAUCGCACGAUGAUUCAGCUGUUCUACACUGCAGCCGGAUAUUCUAGCCAGUAUGAAGACGAACGUGUGUUGUUGCGAGAAAUGCUGGAAUUUCAACCGAAUGCAGAUGUUGGGGUGAUCGGAAGCGAUGCACAGAACGUCCGAGCCGGCCAUCUCAAAAUAUUGUUCGGGAUGCAGCAGGCAGUUUCUGAAUCCGCUCAAGCUUGGACCACUACCAACCCGAAGCGUCGUAUCAAGACUAUUGGAUGA